CCCAGGUGCUGAGCAGCCCCCGGAGCAGGCGACAACCGCGCCGUUCAACUUCGGUCCCCUCCCGGUGCCGGCCGGCGCGCAGCAUCGGUGCUGGUCCCGGCCCCGGUGCCGGUCCUGGUGCCGGUCCCGGUCCCGGCACGGCGGCCCCAUGCCGCCCGGCACCCCGGGGCCAGCCGGGCGCCCCGUCGGUGCAGCCCCGGGGGCGCCCCCCGCCGCCACCCCGCGGGGUCCCCGCCGCCUGCCCCCGGGCCGUGCCCGCAGGAGGAGCCGAGCUCUCCGCCCGGGGGGGAUCGCUGUGAGCCUCCUCGCCGGCAGGUGAUCCGUUUGCCAUUUCUUGUUACCCUGCUUCCCACCUCCCCCGCCUUUCUUCCCCCCCGGCUGGACAACUCCCUCCUUUGGAGAACACGCCCAAGUAGCUGAAGAAGAGAGAAAGGGAGGGAAAAAAAAAAAAAAAAAAAAAAAAAAAAAAGGAGAGCGAGAGAGGGAGAUAGUUAACAUUGAACCUGGGGGGAGCGCCCGGAGCCUCCGGCGCUCGGGAGGAUCCCGCAGCCCCAGUACAUCGCCGGCAAUAAAGCGCUACGUGUGACAGGCAUACAAAUCCGGGCUAGAGGGAAAAAGAGCAGGCGAGAGGGGCAGAGCCGGCGGACGGGCGGUGCGGAGAGCCCCGGCCGAGGGCCAUGGUGAGCGCCCCCGGGGGGUCCCCAGCGCGCAGCGGCGGCGGCGGGCGGCGGGGGCUGCGGCGGGGGCUGCGGCAGGGGCUGCCCCGCUCGGCCACGCUGUCUUGACCCGGCGGCACCCGGAGCGCACCCCGGGCAUCAUUUCGCAUGUUGGGCUGAGCCACGGCAAGCUGGGAAUAUGAACAGGAAAACAAGGCGCUGGAUUUUCCACAUCUUCCUGAGCCUGGGGAUUGUGUAUAUCAAGAUCGGGGGAUUUUCCUCGGUGGUGGCCCUGGGAGCCAGCAUCAUCUGUAACAAGAUCCCGGGGCUUGCCCCCCGGCAGCGGGCAAUCUGCCAGAGCAGGCCCGACGCGAUUAUCGUCAUCGGGGAAGGGUCCCAGAUGGGCAUCAACGAGUGCCAGUUCCAGUUUCGCAACGGGCGCUGGAACUGCUCAGCCCUGGGAGAGAGGACCGUCUUCGGGAAGGAGCUGAAAGUGGGUAGCAGAGAAGCGGCGUUCACGUAUGCCAUCAUUGCAGCUGGAGUAGCCCAUGCGAUCACGGCUGCCUGCACGCAGGGAAACCUGAGCGACUGUGGUUGUGACAAAGAAAAACAAGGACAGUACCACAAGGAGGAAGGCUGGAAAUGGGGAGGCUGCUCUGCUGACAUCAGAUAUGGGAUAGGGUUCGCCAAGGUCUUUGUGGAUGCCCGGGAGAUUAAGCAAAACGCGCGGACCCUCAUGAACCUGCACAACAACGAGGCCGGGCGGAAGAUUCUGGAAGAAAACAUGAAGUUAGAGUGCAAGUGCCAUGGGGUCUCAGGAUCCUGCACCACUAAGACAUGCUGGACAACCCUGCCUAAGUUCCGGGAGCUGGGUUACAUCCUUAAGGACAAAUACAACGAAGCAGUUCAGGUCGAACCAGUGAGGGCAAGUCGCAACAAGCGUCCGACCUUCCUCAAAAUAAAGAAGCCACUUUCUUAUCGCAAACCCAUGGAUACAGAUUUAGUGUACAUAGAAAAAUCUCCCAAUUAUUGUGAAGAAGACCCCGUCACCGGCAGUGUGGGAACACAGGGGAGGAUGUGCAACAAGACUGCCCAGCAGUCCAACGGCUGCGACCUGAUGUGUUGUGGGCGAGGUUACAACACGCACCAGUACUCGAGAGUGUGGCAGUGCAACUGCAAAUUUCAUUGGUGCUGCUAUGUUAAAUGCAACACAUGCAGUGAAAGAACAGAAGUAUAUACCUGUAAAUGAGGACGUGGCUGGGUGGGCUGGCUGUGUCCCUGGCCGCGAGUACAUUUGCACAUACACUCAACAUACCUACACGAGACUGUAGCAAAGAUCUGCUCUCCCAGAAGAAACGCUGAUGAAUGGAUCCCUCUUUUCUUCUCAUGUUUCAUUGCUUAUGUGGAUACACAUUUCAGACUUAAGAAAGUCAGCCAGGAAACAAAAAACAAACACCCCUCAACCUCCUGACACACAAAACAGAAGAGAUCAUUCAGUUAAUCUGCACCUCUGGAGCAAGAAGCAUUGACUGCCUUGGGAAGAGACACCAGAGAAAAAUCUCUGAGCAUGGCAAAGAACUCGGUUUGGGGAAAAAAAAAAAAAAAAAAAAAAAAGGUCAAAAACUUGUGUGUAUAAGGAGCAGGGUGGGGUAGGGGAAAAGUCCUCAGGCAUGGGCUUUGCACAGGAUGGGAUGGACAGUGCCCCAUCGUGAAGCACCCAUGUGAGUGUGCGGAUGACACAGAUUUAGGCUUCUACACUUGUCAAAAGCUUCUGCCGGUCUUGCCCAUCUUUUCACUUCAUACCACUUGCUACAGCGAGUAGAACUGUUGACAUGUUCUGUAGACACUGCUUUAUCUGCAUUUUGUGUGUGUGUGUGCUGCAGAUUUAGCACAGGGAUUUGGGACACUUGGGCAUAAUAAUAGCAAUAUUUAACAAUUUAUUCAGAUAAAACUAAUAUUAAUUUAUUUAAUUAAAAAGAACUCUACCAACAUUUUGGAACUAUUCUGCAAUUAAAGUAGAUAGCUUGCUUUCUUUGUGGAAUAAUUUUGUAGAAACAGCAAGGAAAAACUGGAGCUGUAUAUAUUAUUCUUAACUAGGAUAUUUCUACUAGUUGGACUUGCAGGAUGUGUUCUACAGUACUAGAUGUUUAAGUGCAAAAGCUGGCAUCUUUAUAUAUAUGUACAUACACAAACACACUUUUUUUUCCUUGUUUUUAUUUUUUAUUUUUCCUGUUUGCUGCUAGUUGUCUGGAACAAAAGUCAAGUGGUAGGGGAUGCAAAUCUUUACCAUUUUUUUUUUUUCUUCAAUUAAAGAAAGAAGCAUUAAUAAAAUCCUGUUUGAAAUAUGUCUAAAAAUAAGAAACUCCAGACAAACUUCCAUCUUUUGGAAAAUCAACCAUAGGAUAAGAGAGUAUAUUUUGUAAGAGACUAUUUUUAUAUAAAUAUUUUAUUUAUACUUCGUCUGCUUGUUCAACCUGUACUUUUUCUCAAAACAGGCAUACAAUUUGUAAUUCUUAGGCUAUUUAUCAGAGAAAGGGUAAUUAGUUUGUGGACACAACAGCAGCAAGCUGGAUACAUUCAGCUGCAAUUGGUGGAUGUGUCAGAAAGCAGACUGAACUUUCUCUCCGGAUGUGUGUACAAACUGGCUCUUUUCCUGCAGUUCAUUUUGCAGAAUAUGCAAAACAAGAACAGGGUAUGUAGCAUCAAUCUUGUCACAUGGCUUGAAUUCAUGAUUGGCAUUAACUGGAUGCUCAUUUAUCCCAUUCAGGAAAAAAAAAUCCAAAUUAGCUUCCCACAUGCAUCAGUCAUUAAACUCUGGCAUUAUGACUAGCAAA